AGUACUCAUAGGCAGGGGCGAACUGACCAUUUGGAAACUUGGGCACUGCCCGAGGGCCCGGGGUCAGUAGGGGGCUCCAUGAGAUGCCCCUGGUACCUUUUUCAUAGGCUUUUUUUAGUUUGGGCAAGGACACAGGGGCCCCAUGAUCCCCUAUUGCCCGGGGGCCCCAUGAGUUGUCAGUCCGCCCCUGCUCACAGGUAACUUUAGACCUUCUUUGAUCUUCCUGGAGCUGAUUAGAACGUUUCCUUUUACUAACUGUCCUAGGAGAGGCAGGGUCCA